AUGGAGGGCGAUUUCGAGAAUGCUGAUGUUGAAAUAGACGAUCAGGAAGGAUUCGCAACACCAUCAAAGUUUUAUCAAUCAAUUCAAGAUAAAAAGAUGAUAGAUUACACAAGAUAUGAUCCAAAUUGUUGGGUGAAUUUCGAGGAUUAUACAAUAGCAGAGCUUCCUCUACUUAAAGAUCAAUCUAUUGCAACUUUUCUUGAUGAUUUUUGCCAAUUAUUUGAAGAAGUUGAACAAGAUAGAAUAUUUACAGACGUACCUGACCUAGUUGCAGAUGUUGGCUGCUAUUUUUGCGAGUUAGUACCAAAUAAGCAAGCGUAUCAAGUUGCUGCUAAUUGGCCACCGCUAAUUCCUCAAGGUUCAUUAUUUAUGAAUUCAAUAAUCUACUGUUUAGUCAGAAUUUUGCAUUCACUCACAGAUCAAUCUAAGUUUUUUCACUUUAUUAAAUACGGAUUUUACAAAAAAGUUUGGACAUCAAAAUCAUGCUAUACAAAUCAAUAUUUGCUAUCAGUUUGCAGAGCGACAUAUAAAGAAAAUCCAAACUAUUGGGCAAUCAUCAAUAAAGAUCGACAAUUCAAAUUGUAUGAAAUUAAAGAUGAUAAAUGCGAAGAAAAAAUGUCAGAAACAAUCUUAAAAGCUUACGUACGAACGAAAGAAAAGAUAGUUGAGAUCGUGAACAUUGAUCAAAAAACGGCUUGUGUAUUUCAAACGCAUUCUGGUGAACAAGCAGUUUUCUGGGAAACUCUUUACUCUAGACAAAAAAUUCCGUUUCCAUUUUUCAUGUUUGAAUCUGCUGAUGCAUAUCCUGAUGUAAUGUAUCGAGCCAUGUACAACAUGUUUACGGCAAAUGACUCUGUUCUCCUUUGGUCCUUCUUAAAUUCCAAUAAACUUGAGCCUAAAAUAUGGGAAUCUUUAGUUUAUAUUUAUGCACAUGCAAAGAAAAUGAUUUUCUUAGCAGAAGGUGUUUUUGCACAUACAUUCAAUGAUGAUUUUGAAUUUAAUAUUGAUAGUUUCAGUAUUCCAAAUCAUUUUACUUUAUUUGCAAGAGCAAUUGGCAAAGUUUAUUUUUCAAAAUACAAUGAUGAAUUUUUCAACAAAAUUAUAUCACUUAUUGAUUACCAUGAUGAUAUUGAUGCAGCAGAUAUAUCUUUAGUCGAUGAAUCAACAAUGUGUAACUUGCUUUUUAAUGUUUUGAAGUAUAUUGUUCAAGGAUAUGCAUAUGUUCCAAAAGAAUGGACUUAUGUAUUGAAUAUUCUUCGUCAAUAUGUUAAUGUUAGGUAUAAUUCUCAAGCUUUGACAUUGCUUGCUAUCAGCAAAUUCUUUUGUAAAGGAAUAUUGGGAAGUUUCUUUUCAGAAAAUGUCAAAUUCAUUAAAGGUUUGUCAUUGGCUCAUCCACAAUUGUUUUCAAUUGUUGGAUACUUGCUCUCUGUUCCUUUUGAUUUUUGUAUUUAUUCUGGACCAACAGAAAAGUUUAAUUCAUACAACCAAAGACUUGAACAACAUUUCUUUCCGAAAUUCAAUGAAUUUCUUUGGAGAAUAUCUGACUUCAUUGAACCAUUUGAAUUUGAUAUCCCUGAUAACAAGAAAAUAAGUUAUUCCUGCCAUAUUCUUUUAAAGCAUUUCAUGGAUAGAGAUUUCAAUGAUUUAAUUAGAGCAGAGUUUGUAAGACAAAUGGAUGACAAAACAAGAAUUGCAACUCUUCCUGCUUGGAACUUAUGCAUCAUAUUAUCAAAUUGUUUUGUUCACUCAACAGAUCCAAGUGAAUUUGUGAAGAAAAAGAAAGAAGGUGUUACUGUUAAACCACUCGUUUUCCCACAGAAUUUACCAACUUAUGGAGCAAGUUAUGGAUCGUAUGUCAAUGCAAAAGAGUUUAGUAGUUUCGCAAAGAAAGGUAAUACAAAGAAGAAAGAAAACGAAGGUGAAUCAAGAAGAAGAGGAAUGGCUUCAACUAUUCAUAAACAAGAAAAUAAAAUUGUUGCUGAAGAAGGUGAUGACAAAACAAUUGAUCCAUUUUCAGAUACGAUGCCAGAAACUCUUGAACUUCCUGAUCUUCCUGCUGCUAAAAGAUGGAAGCCAACUACUCUGUCAGAUACAGAUGAAGAGUCACAAAGUGAUGUUCCUAAAAAUAAACUUAAAAAUGAUAAAAGAAAAAGAGAUAGGAAACAUCAAAAUAAAGAGAAACAUGGUGGAAGCAUAAUAUCUUUUAAUUCAAAGCUGGAAGAAAGCAGAAGUGAUGAUAUUGAUCAAGAAUUCGAACAAGAAUUUAGAUCUAUUGCUCCAAAGCCAAUGGGAGCAAACAUUGAAAGUGCAAGCAUUGCUUCAGACAUGAGAAGUUUCUUAAAAGGAGAAAAUUCUAGCACGGUUUCAAUGCAAAGUUUGCCAAGGCGAAAAUAA